GUUGCUGAGGCUCCGGCCAUUCCUGCCUGCGCGAGUGGACUCGGCUCCAGUCCGGGUGUGGGUAGACGCAUGGAUUCCGAGGGCCGGUGGCGGAACCUGCCCAGCGGGCCCAGCCUAAAGCACUUGACCGACCCCUCGUACGGGAUUCCUUCGGAGCAGCAAAAGGCGGCGUUGCAGGACCUGACGCGGGCGCAUGUGGACUCCUUCAACUAUGCUGUGCGCGAGGGGCUGAGCCACGCGGUGCAGGCCAUACCUCCUUUUGAGUUUGCUUUCAAAGAUGAGCGUAUCUCUCUUACCAUCGUGGAUGCUGUCAUUAGUCCACCCUCGGUGCCCAAAGGGACCAUCUGCAAAGAGCUCAACAUUUAUCCAGCAGAGUGCAGGGGCCGAAGGAGCACCUACCGUGGGAAGUUGACGGCUGAUAUUAGCUGGGCAGUGAAUGGAAUCUCAAAAGGAGUCAUUAAACAGUCUCUUGGCUAUGUUCCCAUCAUGGUAAAGUCCAAGCUUUGCAACUUAUACACUCUUCCUCCGCAGGCCCUCAUUGAGCACCAUGAGGAGGCAGAGGAAAUGGGAGGUUAUUUUAUAAUCAAUGGCAUAGAAAAAGUCAUCCGAAUGUUGAUUAUGCCUCGAAGAAAUUUCCCCAUUGCAAUGGUAAGACCAAAAUGGAAAAGCAGAGGGCCUGGCUAUACGCAAUUUGGAGUUUCAGUGCACUGCGUGAGGGAAGAACAUUCUGCCGUCAACAUGAACCUUCACUAUCUGGAAAAUGGCACAGUUAUGUUGAAUUUUAUUUACCAAAAAGAACUAUUUUUCCUCCCCUUGGGAUUUGCACUUAAGGCACUUGUCAGCUUUUCCGAUUAUCAGAUUUUCCAAGAGCUCAUCAAAGGAAAAGAGGACGACUCUUUCUUUAGGAACUCUGUUUCUCAGAUGUUAAGGAUUGUAGUGGAAGAGGGUUGUUCCACACAGAAGCAAGUCCUUAACUAUCUAGGUGAAUGCUUCAGAGUCAAGCUCAGUCUUCCCGACUGGUACCCUAAUGAACAAGCUGCUGAGUUCCUGUUUAAUCAGUGCAUCUGUAUCCACUUGAAAUCCAACACUGAAAAAUUUUACCUGCUUUGUCUCAUGACGCGAAAGCUCUUCGCUUUAGCCAGAGGAGAGUGCAUGGAGGACAACCCUGAUAGCUUAGUGAAUCAAGAAGUCCUCACACCCGGUCACUUCUUCCUGAUGUUUCUGAAGGAAAAAAUGGAAAAUUGGCUAAUGUCUAUUAAAAUAGCUUUAGAUAAAAGGGCUCAGAAGACCAAUGUGUCCAUAAAUAAUGAAAAUUUGAUGAAGAUUUUUAGUAUGGGAACAGAGGUAACAAGGCCAUUUGAAUAUCUUCUUGCUACUGGGAAUCUGCGUUCGAAAACAGGUCUCGGCUUCCUGCAAAAUUCUGGCCUGUGUGUUGUGGCUGACAAGCUGAACUUCAUUCGGUACCUCUCCCAUUUCCGCUGUGUGCACAGAGGGGCUGACUUUGCCAAGAUGAGGACUACCACAGUGCGCAGGCUGCUGCCGGAGUCCUGGGGCUUCCUCUGCCCUGUGCACACUCCAGACGGGGCACCGUGUGGGCUGCUGAACCACCUAACCGCCAUUUGCGAAGUCGUCACACAGUUUGUGUAUACAGCAUCUAUUCCAGCCUUGCUCUGCAGCCUGGGGGUCACUCCUGUUGAUGGAGCACCUCGUCGAUCAUACAGUGAGUGCUACCCUGUCCUACUGGAUGGCGUCAUGGUAGGCUGGGUGGAUAAGGAGCUUGCUCCCAGCCUUGCAGAUGGUCUCCGUCGUUUUAAGGUGUUGAGAGAAAAAAGAAUUCCUCCCUGGCUGGAGGUGGCUCUCAUCCCCAUGACAGGAAAACCAAGUCUGUACCCAGGCUUGUUCCUUUUUACCACUCCCUGCAGACUGGUACGGCCUGUGCAGAACCUGGAAUUGGGCAGAGAAGAACUCAUUGGAACCAUGGAGCAGCUCUUCAUGAACAUUGCUAUCUUUGAGGAUGAAGUUUUUGCUGGAGUUUCCACACACCAGGAACUCUUCCCUCACAGCCUGCUGAGUGUGAUUGCCAACUUCAUCCCCUUCUCUGAUCACAACCAGAGUCCAAGAAACAUGUACCAGUGCCAGAUGGGUAAGCAGACCAUGGGCUUUCCGCUUCUCACUUAUCAAGACCGAUCAGAUAAUAAGCUCUAUCGUCUUCAGACACCACAAAGUCCUCUAGUAAGACCAUGCAUGUAUGAUUACUAUGACAUGGACAACUAUCCAAUUGGGACAAAUGCUAUCGUUGCUGUGAUUUCCUACACUGGCUAUGAUAUGGAAGAUGCCAUGAUUGUGAAUAAGGCUUCGUGGGAACGCGGCUUUGCUCAUGGAAGUGUCUACAAGACUGAGUUCAUAGACCUCUCUGAAAAGAUUAAGCAAGGAGAUGAUAGUCUGGUGUUUGGGGUCAAACCUGGUGACCCCCGAGUUAUGCAGAAGUUGGAUGAUGAUGGCUUGCCAUUCAUAGGAGCCAAGCUGCAAUUUGGGGAUCCCUACUACAGCUACCUAAAUCUUAAUACUGGGGAAAGCUUUGUGGUUUUCUAUAAGAGCAAAGAAAACUGCAUUGUAGAUAACAUCAAAGUGUGUAGUAAUGACACAGGCAGUAGAAAGUUCAAGUGUAUUUGUAUCACAAUGCGAGUCCCUCGGAAUCCAACUAUUGGAGAUAAAUUUGCCAGUCGUCAUGGGCAGAAGGGCAUUUUGAGCAGACUGUGGCCAGCUGAGGACAUGCCUUUUACCGAGAGUGGGAUGGUGCCAGACAUUCUGUUCAACCCUCAUGGAUUUCCCUCCCGCAUGACCAUCGGUAUGUUGAUUGAGAGCAUGGCCGGGAAGUCUGCAGCUUUGCAUGGUCUCUGCCACGAUGCUACACCCUUCAUCUUCUCCGAGGAGAACUCAGCCUUGGGAUACUUUGGUGAGAUGUUAAAGGCUGCUGGCUACAACUUCUAUGGCACCGAGAGGUUGUACAGCGGGAUCAGCGGGGUAGAGCUGGAAGCAGACAUUUUCAUUGGUGUGGUUUAUUACCAACGCUUACGCCACAUGGUGUCAGACAAGUUUCAGGUUAGAACAACUGGAGCCAGGGACAAAGUCACCAACCAGCCUAUUGGAGGAAGAAAUGUCCAGGGAGGCAUCCGCUUUGGAGAGAUGGAGCGGGAUGCUCUUUUGGCUCAUGGUACGUCUUUUCUCCUUCAUGACCGUCUCUUCAACUGCUCUGACCGCUCGGUCGCCCACGUGUGUGUGAAGUGUGGCAGUUUACUCUCUCCAUUGCUGGAGAAGCCACCUCCUUCUUGGUCUGCCAUGCGUAACAGAAAAUACAAUUGCACUGUUUGUGACCGCAGUGACACUAUCGAUACCAUCUCUGUGCCUUAUGUUUUUCGGUAUUUUGUAGCUGAACUGGCAGCUAUGAACAUCAAAGUGAAGCUGGAUAUCAUUUAACUAGAAACUGGCCUUCUGAGUUUGGAGAUUAAAAUGAAAGGUAACUUUAAUACAGUGAAGAGACUACGAAUUCACUCUUGGUUUUUACAAGGGUGUUUACACUUUAAA